AAUCUUAAAUUUCCGAGUAAAAUCAGGUGAUUGUGAGCAUUACCCAUUGCUUUGCAAUGUCAGUUACUCAGGUUCUUUCAGACAUGUAUUCCAAAGUGCUUGUAUUUUCUUUUUGUUUAUCUGUUGCAUUUGCCGAAGAUACAUCAUAUUUUGAAAUUCUGAAUGACGUGCAGUCGAAAAUAUCACACGUACCGAAGUUGCGAAGUGAAAGCAGUGAGGUGUCCCAGAUUUUCACCCAGAUCGGGAAUCUGCAUACUCUCGACUCUUUCGAUGUAUUAUUGAAUGAAAUUGGAAAAAACAUUGGAGCAAAAAACAAUAUCACACUUUGUAUCGAUGAUUUAACAAGAGUCUUGAAUGCUACCAGGCAGGGAGAGGCAUGGGGCCUUCAAGUUUUAGAUUCCUUUGGCAAGAUUCAACCUGGAAUACUUAUGGCAAAUUUUCACAGUCCAGGAUUUUAUGAUGAAUGUAAAAAUGUUGGAGAGCAGAUUCCACAAAAUGUUACAUUCAUCAGCCAAUAUUGUUCCCUCAAUAUCCCAACAAAAUUGAGUGGUGCACCAGUGGUGUUUUCAUUUGGGCUUUGUGUGUCAGAGAGAUGUUCAGAAAGAGAUCUUGAUGCGCUGAUCUAUUUAGCCAUGGAUUUAAUUCCCUUGAAUAUUUCUUUCCAUCCUUAUGUGACCUGUCAGAAGAAUCAUUUAGAGUUUGAUUUCAAAGCUGUGGCAGCAAUGGUAUUUGCAGGUUUCUUUGUUCUUUUGAUUUUUAUUUCAACCCUGUUGGACAUUUUGUCCUCCUGGAUGGCCAACAAUAAAAUUUUUGAGACCAAAUCAACCAGUGCCAAUGGAGAAGUGCUUCAUUAUGCACACAGGAUUGGCACAGAGGAGACUCCACUUCUUGGAUCACCCACAACUGAGCUCGCCAAAGUCAAUCCAAUGUCAGGAUGUUUAAUGAGAUUUUUCUUGGCAUUUUCUGUGUACUCUAACGGGAAGAAACUUCUGAGUACAAAGAAGACCGCGAGUACCCUAGGUGCCGUCAAUGGAGUGCGAUUUUUCAGCAUGUCCUGGGUCAUACUCGGCCAUACUUUAGCAUUUGGUCUACAAGUUGUUUCAAAUCUUGGAUAUAUUGUACCAAUCCUUUUGAAGAGAAGGUCAUAUCAUGUCAUCAUAAAUGCAUUGGUGUCAGUGGAUUCAUUCUUUCUACUCAGUGGACUUUUAGUUUCAUAUUUACUUCUGAGAGAACUUAGAAGAAAUGAAGGAAAGAAAAUCAACUGGGUUGCCUUCAUUGCCAAAUUUUAUUUCCAUCGAUACUGGAGAUUAACACCCCCCUUGAUGCUCCUGAUGUUUGUGUAUGUGCCCCUUUUCCAGUAUGUGUCAGAUGGUCCAUUUUGGCCUCAGAAUGGGGUGGAGCCAGGACAGUGCAACAAGACAUGGUGGCAUACCAUGCUCUACAUCAAUAAUUUUUAUGAUGAGGAAUGUAUGGGGUGGACCUGGUAUUUAGCCAAUGAUAUGCAGUUUUUUAUACUCAGUCCAUUUAUCAUCAUACCUCUAUACUAUUCUAAGUGGAUUGGGGGAAUGAUAGGAACAUCUCUCCUGUUUGGUAGCUGGGUUGCCACAGGAAUUAUUUCUAACUACUACCAACUACCAGCUUCCAUGCUAGAGCAGCUAACACAUCCACAAUCAAUGCAGAGUGACUACUUCAAUAUUUAUUAUGUCAAACCAUACUGCAGAAUAGGUCCCUACAUUGUAGGGAUAUUGUUUGGUUAUUUAUUGUACAAAACAGACUGCAAACUGAAGAUAAACAAGGUGCUGAAUUUGUUUAUAUGGAUGGUAGCUGCUACUCUAGCCUGUCUUGUAGUGUAUGGAUUGUAUGAUGAGCUGAAUGGUUACAUACAAAUGUCACAGGGUGUAAAAGAUCUCUACAACACAACACACCGCACUGUGUGGGGGGCCUGUGUAGGAUGGGUUAUCUUCUCUUGUGCUACCGGAAAUGGAGGAUUUAUCAACACAUUGCUGUCCUGGAGUUUCUUCUCACCUUUGGCUCGCCUGACCUACUUUGCAUAUCUGGUACAUCCGAUCCUUAUAAUUGGAUAUUACUUCAGUCUAAGGUCUACAUUUUAUAUGGAUGAUGCUACCCUGGCUGUCCUGUUUGUGGCUGUUUUGGUAUUUACCUACAUGGCCGCCUUUAUCCUGUCUCUGGCGUUCGAGGCCCCAAUGCUUGGUCUGGAAAAAAUUAUAUUUAAUCGAGAUUCACCGCAGGAGGAGAAAAAGGCAACAUCUGAUUCAAAACACAAGGAAUGAAAAUGGCACAUUCCUUAAAACUGUACAAACCUCUAUUUAUCCACCAAUUAUACAUCAUCAUCAUAUUCACCUGAUUUUUUUUCAGGUUAUAUUCAACAUUCUGUGAAAUUGAUUACUGGCAAUUAGUUUUUAUCACUGAAGAGAUUUUUCUAUAAAUACAAUUCAAAAUAAAUGGCUUGCAGUGAUUAUUAUUCAAGAGUAAAAGUUGGUCGUGAAAUUUGUGGAUAUUUCCCACACAAGAAUAAAAGUUUACAUCCUGUGGAACUAUCAAUCGGUAGCUUUUAUGAUUGAUUUGUAAUUCCUCUACAAAUUUUUGUGCCAUUAUAGAACUACCUUUCUUGUACCAUUAGUCAAUUUCUUUGUAUAUCUCAUCUAUAUUAAAUCAUUCUUUUUGUUUUUAGUAUUGUCUUUAAUUUUGUUCAUUUUUAAAUUAACCAGAAAACUUUUUUAAAAAGAUUAAAAAGGAAACAAGUUGCAUAUAUGUUUGCUUAAAAUAUUUUUGUCAAUUCUUUGAUAAUUUUUAGUACCGGUGAGUUCAUUCUUGUUGUAUCUGUGAUGUGAAUACAUUCAUUCCAUUAUUGACUCAGAGAUGUGUAGCUUGCUUUAUUAUAUACAUGCACUCUAAUUUUUCCUCUUUUAAUGUCUGUGAUACAGAAUAUAGACUUGUUUUAGAAAUACAUAUAUAUAUUUGUUUUUACCGUGCCAAAUUUUCAUAAAAUAAGAAAUAGACAUUCAGCAAUUACAAACUAAACCAUAGACAUAUAAUUAUUUUAUUUCAAAUUGAUACUUUAUUUUGAUGUAGGACCUUUUUUGUUUUGUUCAUUUGUCUGUCAACAUUUUUAUUCUGAACUACAGAAUCUCUUCAUAUUUUACUUAGAUUUUAAGCAAAUGAAGAAAAGUAAGUAAAUCUCUCUGUGUAAGAUUUUAUUUUGAGUUGUAAAUUUUUUAUUUCUUUAUUAAUUGAAUUCUCAAUCACUGGAAUGAUCUGCCUCAUAUAUAUAUUGUAUGUAAAAAUUUUUAAAGGAUGUACACAAGUAUAAAACGGCUGUGUGAUGCAUAUUUUUCAUAUUUAGUAUAUUGAUUUAUGACUAUUCACUAUUGUGCUCUGUGAAUUUUGUAUUGUUCAGAUGUACCUGUAAGUCUGGUUGUAAAUGAUUGUGAUUCUAAAAUACAUGAGGAUUAAUUAUACAAUUUUUUUUUACUUUUAUAACCAUCUGCACUUUGCAGUUUGACUUGAA